AAUGCCCUCACUCUCGGGAGCAUCUUGGUCUCUCCAGCCACAGGGUCCCUCGCCAGCUACGUGGUAACCAGAGCUGAGACGCAGAAAUGCUCUGACUUCUGGAUUUACCUGGAGACAGGCAAGACUCCACAGGAGCUCGCCGUGGCUGAAAAUCUGGCCUGCCCUGAGGACAGGGAGAGCUCAGCACCGCCAGUGAGGAGGAACAAGUAUGGGGACGUUGUGGAGUAG